AUGCUGAAACAGAUAAUUCUUCAGGUGACUGCUCAGUUUGACAACCUGGAACUUAUCCACUGCCUUACUCUAAAAAUUGUUAUUGUUGCUCCCUCACCUUUUUGGACUGAUAAUCUAGUGAAAAAUGAGGAAAUACAGACGUCACAGUCUGCUGCACAGGGCACUCCAACGAAAGUAAACCCCUAUUCAGUCAUAAAUAUUUCACCAAUCCAAGAGAAUGAUCCAUCCUCAUCACCAGAACCAAGCCCUCAAGAGGAGAGUGCGAGUCCCAGCUCAUGCAGUGGAUAUUCUGUUCCUGUGCCCUGUGGCUAUGCUGUGCCAUCCAAUUUACCCCUGAUACUGCCAGCAUACUCCAGUCCUGUCAUAAUACGCAGCGUUUCUGUGGAUGAAGAAGGUACGCAGUCGGCAACUGAAGAAUGCCACUGUAGCUCUGCAAACUCAGAGGAUCCCCAAAUCAGUGAAGAUAACCAGGUCAGGAGAGAGGAUGAUGCUCUGGCCAAGUGGGUUGCAGAUCCAGCAAAUACAGCUUGGAUGGAAAACCCAGAUGAAGUAAUUUAUGAUGAUGUGCCAAAUGAAAAUUCAGACUCUGAGCCAGAGGAGAUGAUUUAUGAUGAUGUUGAAAAUGGUGAAGAUGGUGGAAACAGCUCCCUGGAUUAUGGGUGGAGUUCAAGUGAGUUUGAAAGCUAUGAAGAACAAAGUGAUUCUGAGUGUAAAAAUGGAAUUCCCAGCUCCUUUUUGCGAGGCAACCACAAGAGACAUCUUUCUCAUGACCUAACGCGUUUAAAGGAGCAUUAUGAAAAAAAGAUGAGAGAUUUGAUGGCAAACACAGUGGGAGCAGUAGAGAUUCAGCAACUAAAGCAAAAACAUGAGCUGAAGAUGCAAAAGCUCAUGAGAGCUGCUAGAGAAGGUACCAAAGACGGACUUGAAAAAACAAAAGCAGCUGUGAAAAAGGGUCGUUCUUUCAUUAGAACUAAAUCUUUUAUUUCUCAAGACCAUAGAUCAUCAUGUCUGGAAGAAGAAGAGCUGAAUUUAUUUAUUGAUGUGGACUGUAUGCACACAGAAGCAAUUAUGACCCCUAUGCCUGAAGGACUAUCCCAGCAGCAGGUAGGAGGCUUUUGGGAAUCUCGUCGUCUUUCUCUUUUUUUUUUUUUUUUCCUCUCUUCUGCAUCAAUGGCUCACAG